AUGGCACCCUAUAUGUCGGUCGAGCACGCACACCGCGCCUACGGCCCUGUCGACAAGGAAGCCCUCUCCGGCCGUUUGUCCAAGUCGGAGCGCGGCCUGCUGCGCGUCGGGCUGGUCAGGUCGGAGCAGUGGAGGCAGCUGCCCACCGAGGGGCUGUACCAGGUCAUCAUCUCUGAGGUACUCGACAACGGCUUGACCUACCCCUUGGAGCGCAGCGGUGGAAGGGCCUUUACGGUCACGUCGGUGCUGGAUCUGGGGUUGCGGAUGAUGGAGGGGGAGAGGGGGAGGACUGCACUGGAGAAUCUGGCGCGGAAGGCAAUUUGUGUCUGGCGGGAAAGGCCAGUUCCGGGCCCGGUUGUUGAGCCAUGGUAUGUGGAUGUGCCCGCUGCCGUGGAUGAGUUCCUCCGCUGCGUGCGGUACCGCUUCCCCAUUGUCAAACUCGACGACCGCAACGGCUUCUGCCACGAGGAAGAGAACAAGACCAUGCCCUACUCAUGGGUCGACGAGUACUCGACGCUAGAGCGCUUCGACUUUGACCCCAAGGCCGCCGCUGUCCUGCACCUGAACUGGCAGCUCAUGGAGAAGCUGUACUGGACGCGCCUCAAAGCAGACAUCGCGCGGCGGCAGCAGCGCCAGGACGAGCAGCAGGCCGAAACCAUCCGCUUCCACCGCCUGCAGUUCCACCUGGCCGCCAUGGUGACGCACCACCUGUGCCACCUCUUCGUUAACUUUUUGCGCUCGUCCGAGGACCUCGCCUACGCCGUCACCGACGCCGACUUCAUGCGCCUCGUGCGCCGCUACGACCCCGGCGCCGAGUUCGAGAUCGAGUUCUUCGGCGGCAGGCCCAAGCUGUUCAUCGACCAGCCGGGCGCGCCGCGCGACGUGAGCUACCGGGGUGAGAGCUAUGUCAUUCAGAGGGGCAAGGGUGGGAGUCGCAUGGCGGCCGUGGUGGCACAGUACAAGAUUGAGAGCUAUCUGAAAGGGGGUGAGUUCUUCUUGUGUUCCGUGAUUGUGGGAAGUGGGCGACGCUGA